GUUUCGUACACGUGCUUUUUCCGUUGUUGAUUCUCAACUGGCUAGUAAAAUACGGCACAAUGCGCGGUAGCCACAUAUUUCAGCCGAAUAGGGCCUUAGGAUACGUGAGCAACCACAUUCCGCCGAAUGUGCGUUAUAUUGACCAACGUAGAGAAAACAUUGUGAUCACUUGCGUCGGACGAUCUUUUCAUGUGUACGGUUGCAACAGUUUUCGAUUAAUCCGUGCCGGUCGUAUCCAUCCGGAGAACAUCACCGCAUUAGCUGCUGAUGGAUUCCUUACCUACGUUGCCGUAGGAAACCAGAUCUAUGGAUGGCGAUCCAGUGUGGACCUGCGAAAGGUUUACCGUGGCCACGAGAAACCGGUACACUUACUUCUACCCUUUGCGAAGCAUCUCAUUUCGGUGGAUGAGAGCAGUCUGUUAAAGAUAUGGGUGGUGUCGACACAAGCCCUGUACUUGGAAAUACCGUUCGCAAACAACAGCUUCCAAAUCUCUGCCCUCGUUCAUCCAGCGUCGUACAAGAACAAAAUCCUACUCGGUAGUGCACAAGGCGGGUUGCAGUUGUGGAAUUUGAAAACGAGCAAGUUGGUACAUAAAUUCAAAUGUAACUUCCAAAGUAAAGUGCUGCAACUGGAGCAGGCUCCAGCGAUCGAUGUUAUCGCCGUUGGACUGCACAAUGGCCGAAUCAUCCUGCUUAAUCUGAAGUACGAGAAAGUGGUAAUGGAGGUGCACCAAGACUGGGGACCAGUGACGGGGAUAAGCUUCCGAACCGAUGGCACUUCCAUCAUGGCGACUGGUAGUUCAAAUGGUCAGGUUGUUUUCUGGGACUUGGAGGAAAAAGCGAUCGUUUCUACACUGGUGGCCCACGAUGACUCGGUUACCGGUGUGCACUUCCUGCCGAAUGAGCCGUUGCUGGUUACGAGUUCCCCGGAUAAUUCGCUGAAAAUGUGGAUAUUCGAUUUGUCCGACGGCGGGGCACGCCUGUUGCGUAUACGCGAGGGACAUGCUGCGCCACCGACCUGCAUUCGGUUCCACGGAGCAGCAGGAAGACAUAUUCUAUCCUCUGCUGAAGAUUCAUCGCUACGUAUUUUCAACACCGUGACCGAAACGCUGAACGCCAGCAUGGGGAAAGCAAGCUACAAUCGGAAAGCAUCCAAAAAGCAAAAAAAAAAAUCCGAUGAUCCGUUCCGUAUGCCGCAGAUCAACUAUUUCACGUCGGAGACGACCCGGGAUAAGGAGUGGGAUAGUAUUGCCGCCCUCCACCAAGGGUUGGUGCAAGUGACUACUUGGUCUUUCGAUAAGCGACGCAUGGGUGAACUACACCUCGUGCCGGCCGCUUUUCAGAAUAAAUCUGAAAACAAGGAUUUCAGUGUUAUAGCCACCUGUCUGUGUCUGAGUCAUUGUGGUAAUUUUGUUACCAUUGGAUAUUCCUCGGGACACGUGGAACGAUUCAACAUCCAGAGCGGCAUUCAUCGUGCCAGUUACGGAUCGCCAACCGCACACAGAGAGUAUGUACGCGGGUUGGCAAGCGACAACCUGAACCAAUUCGUCGUGUCCGGUGCGGCGGAUGGUCUGUUGAAGUUUUGGCACUUCAAGCAAGCGCACAAGACGAGCGUCAAAAUACCGGUGGAUACGGUCGAUGUUGGAGAACCGAUAACGCUGCUUCGGUCGCAUCGUGAGAGCGCCAUGGUUUGUGCUGCACUUGACGAUUUUACUGUCCUGCUAGUCGACCUAGACACGCGUGCGGUCGUGCGGCGCUUCCAGGGUCAUCGUGGAACAAUCACGGAUGCUUGCUUUUCACCCGAUAGUCGUUGGCUGGUUACCGCUGGGCAGGACUGCACCGUCAAAAUAUGGGACAUUCCAUCGUCCUAUCUGAUCGACCACUUCCGCGUGACUAACAUGUGCACUUCGCUUACCAUGUCGCCGACAGGGGACUUUCUUGCAACGGCUCACGUGGAUUACCGUGGCGUAAACCUAUGGGCGAACAAGAGUUUGUUUUCGCACGUUACACUGCGAGGGUUGAAUCCCGAAGCCGAGGCACCGCUGCUCGAUCUGCCAACAACAAUCUGUGAGGAACAGCAGGACGGCAUCGCGUCGCAGCAGGAGAGAUCGGAAAUGGAUGUCGACGAGUUGGAAGAUGCAUUUGAAGAGAUCAAUCUUGACUAUAACUCUCCACCGCAGCUAUCGAGUGAGCUGAUAACUAUGUCCGAUCUUGCGGCGUCGCGUUGGCAGAACCUUCUCAAUUUAGAUAUCAUCAAGAAGCGCAAUCGGCCCCGACAAGCACCACAAAAGCCCGAAUCGGCCCCAUUCUUCCUACCGACGGUGGCUGGACUUGAUUUUGGUUUCGAUCUAAAUGCAUCCAACCAGUCGUCUACUAAUGGUACCGGGGUACCGCCACGCGGACAGGGACGAAUCAUUCGCACGACAGAAACCAUAGAUAAUUUAACGCCUUUCGGAAAACUGUUGCACGAUGCGAUCGUCACGGAAGCAUAUGGUAAAGCCAUUGCAUACCUGAUGAACCUCGGUCCCACCAUGGUGGACCUUGAGAUACGGAGCUUGACUCCGUUAUAUGGUGGUAGCGGUAGCUUCCCGGUGAUGACGACUUUCAUGCGUAUGAUUAUAAGCAUGUUUGAAGAGCGAAAGGAGUUCGAGUUGGCGCAAAGUUAUUUGAGUGUAUUUUUAAAGCAGCACGGCCGAGCGAUCGUACAAAACAGGGAGCUGAGCAAACUUCUACCAGAGCUAGAGAAAGCACAGUCGUCAGGUUGGUCCUUGCUGGAAGACAAACUGUUGUACGGAUUGGGAGUUGUAAGUAACCUAAGGAACUACAGCGCUUAAACAUAAAUAAAUGUACGUCAUGUUGUGCGGAGAAAGCUAACGAUUCAUACUUUCUUUUCUUUAUUUCA